GGUCAUCAGCCACGCGUCCCCAACAAAAGCUGCCCACAAAAUCUACCUGACUGUUCGCAUAGAGGGAGAGCCCUGCAAGAUGGAAGUGGACAUUGGCUCUUCCAAAUCCCUUGUCUCGUGGGCUACUAUCAAGCGAAUAGUGCCCAGCCUUACUAAGGCUAAACUCAGGCAGUGCCCAAUUCGCCUCAGAGACUAUCAAGGGCAGCCAAUUCCCAUUGUGGGUUGCGACACAUUCAAUAUCGCCAGCCGUAAUUUCCAGGGGCCACUUCCCCUCAUCAUCAUGGAUGGCCAUUUGCCCAGCCUUCUGGGGCUGGACCGGUUCUCCGCAUUGGGGCUCAGCAUAUCUGGCGUCCCCGCCGUUGUUCCAGACUCCUUCGCCAUGCUGGCCAGCAAGUUCGUGGACGUAUUUGACAACAAACUUGGACAGCAUGGCAUACGACACGAACCCACAGCUCUGUUCCACCCGACCGGAAACGGCCUAGCAGAACAAACCGUCCAGUCGGCUAAGGAGGCAUUGGCCACCUGGGGCCAGAAAAUUGGCACAACAAACUGUCCCAAUAUCUCCUGGCGCAGCAUACAACCCCGUGCCUGGUUACCAACCAAAGUCCUGCAGAACGACUUAUGGGCCGGCAGCUCUGGACAGCUCUGGACCGGCUGCACCCUGGCUAUGCAGCAGAAAAAAGCCCCAUUGCAGGCAACACAACACGAGCCUUUAAUGUGGGAGACCUUGUCUACGCCCAAAACUAUGGGGCUAAACCAAGGUGGCUUCCUGGACAAAUUAUGCAACUAA